GUGGAGGCUCUUGUACAGUCAUCUCCGUGCAGUGAGAAGACACGUUGUAGCAGCCUGUGCCUCUCCUCUGAGGCUGAAGCUGGGAGAUAGGUGGUCCGUCUUUCUCAGGAGAUCACCCCGAGGGAUCUGGUUUCACUGACAGGGGUUCCCCAUUCCAGAAACUGCCAUUUGACUCAAAAGGAGUGGUCAUCAUGUCUGAGAUUGCUGAGGAUGACCUAAACGUCGUGAUACGAGGGGAAGCAGAGGAUGUCUUCUUAGAAGGUUCCUCCCACUACCCAGAGGUCAUGGCAGCUGUCCCCCACUCUCCUGGGGGCCCCAAUGGCAUCAUCCGGAGCCAGUCCUUCGCUGGCUUUAGCACCCUACAGGAGAAGCGCUCAAGAUGCAACUCUUUCAUAGGAAACUCUCUUGUGCUGAAGAAGCCCCAGGCCAAGCCAAAGAAGACACAACUGUCGGGCCAUAAAGGCGGCAGCAACAGCUCCCGUGAGCCACAACCGAAGAGGGUGGAAGAGGUGUACAGGGCACUGAAACAAGGCCUGGUUGAAUAUUUGGAGGUGCACCAGGUCGAGCUGGACAAGCUCACUUCCUUGACGAAAGACAUGCAGAGGAACUCCAGGCUGGGGGUGUUGUACGAUCUUGACAAGCAAAUCAAGACAUUGGAGAGGUACAUCCGCCGGCUGGAGUUCCACAUGAGUAAGGUGGAUGAGCUGUAUGAAGCCUUCUGCAUCCAGAGGCACCUGCGGGACGGAGCCUGCAAGAUGAAGCAGGCCUUCUCCACCUCACACUCCUCCAGGAGCUCCCGUGAGAGCCUGGCUGAAGUCAACCGCCGCUACAAGGAGUACAGCGAGAAUAUGAGCACUUUUGAAAGUGAGCUGGAGAACCUGCUGGGGGAGUUCCACAUUAAAAUGAGAGGUCUGGCUGGCUUUGCUCGACUCUGUUCAGGAGACCAGUAUGAGGUGUUCAUGCGUUACGGGCGCCAGCGCUGGAAGCUGAAGGGCCGGAUUGAGGGGAACUCCAGGCAGAGCUGGGACGGGGAGGAGAUGGUGUUCACUCCCCUCAUCAUCGACCUCAUUUCCAUCAAGGUUUCUGAACUGAAAGGUCUGGCCAAUCACAUCCUGGUGGGCAGUGUCAUCUGUGAAACCAAGGACCUCUUUACAGCCAUGCCACAGCUGGUUGCUGUGGAUGUCAAUGACCUGGGCACCAUCAAACUCAACCUGGAGGUUGCUUGGUAUCCGUUUGAUGCGGAAGACCUGACUCUUUCCUCUGGGAACUUGUCCAAGGCAGCUGCCCUGCAGAGACGGGUAUCUGUGUACAGCCAGGACACCCCUGAAACUCCCAUCUUCCAGGAGUCCCCCUACUUUAGCUGGCACACCCCCCAGCAGGACGGCCAGCACCCCUCAUUCCUCCACACCCUGCGCGACACCUUCUUACAGAAGAUGAGGCGCAGCCGCUCGCUGGCCGACCUCCCCACGCUGCGAAUGCGCCCCACGUCCAGCCUGGAGGUCUACUCAACCCUGCCUGAUGAUGUGUUCGAGAACGGGGGGUGUGGUGUCACCGAGUGCAAGCAACUGUUCUUCACCUUCUCUGACACACCCCAGUCCAGCCCUCUCACCCUCCCUGGGCGACCCAAUCCUGCGAUCAUGGUCACGCCGCCGGAAAAUGACUGCCAGUCUCUGCAGUCCGAGAGCAUGGAGGAUGGCAGGCCACAGAGAGACGGGGACGAAGAAGAUGGGGUGGAAGAGGAGGAUGAGGAGGAGGAGGAAGAGGGGAGCAUUAGCAUCAGCCUGGCCAGUGAGGCUGAUGGCGAGUGGGAAGAGCAGGCGGAAAGCCUACAGAACGGAUCUGCUUCACAGGGCUCUGACCGGCUCUCAACCACCGACGUCUUCCUCGACCAUGUUGUGUCUGAUGCCCUCCUGCAGGACGAGGGCUCGGACCUGAAGCCCGUGGAACUGGAAGCAGAAGAGGGCAACCUGACCAAGCAGCUGGUGCGGAGGCUGACAUCGGGGGAUGUGCUACUGGACCCUGCGCGGCCGGAAGGAGCCCUGGGCUGGGGCAGCAGUCUGGAGGAGGCCUUCCACGGCCUGCUGCUGACACUGGAGGGCCUGCAGGAGAAGAGCAAGGAGCUGCAGGAGCUGGAGCAGGAGGUCCUGCAUCUAGAGGACGUGCUGAAGAGCAGAGCUCCCGCCCACAGGAGCAGAUCUUCCAGUCUCAGUCUGACAGUGGAGAGUGCUUUAGAGAGCUUCGACUUCCUCAACACCUCAGACUUUGAUGACGAUGACACAGGUGACGAUGACCUCCCUAACUCAGGCUUCUUCAGCACAGAGUCAGAGAGAAUCGGGGCAGGCCAGCACCCGGAGGCCAGGGGCCAUCUGAGUGAGGCUCUAACGGAGGACACGGGAAUGGGGAACAGCGUGGCUGGCACCCCCCUUCCCCUCACCACCGGGAGCGAGAGCCUGGACAUUGCUGUCACCAGACACCUGCAGUACUGCUGCCACCUCAUCCAGCUCCUGUCCAGUGGUGGAAGCCCCUCCCAUGUCAGAGCUCAGCUCCAUAAAAUCUCCUCUCAAAGCCAGCUUCUAGAGGAGCUGGGAGAGAUCUGCACUGACCGGCUAGGGACCAUCUGCACACCUGCUGAUGUGCUCCCGGGACUGGCCGAGAGGCCUGCUCUGCUCCUCUUCUGGUCCCAGCUCAGUGGUCCAGGCAGUCCAUUUCACAGCACCCUGGACAGAGCACUGAAACACCUGCAGCACAACUAUACUGAAGUCUUGCAGGAGAAACACCUCAAGUCUGCAGACACGGUAUUUCGGCUGGUGAUCAGUGAGAUGGUGGACAGGAGUGAGCUGGCCUCCCCCUGCCCUUCACCCUCUGCCCUGUACCAGGAUGUCCUCACCGUGUUCCAGUUCCACAACUACGUGUGCGCGCACGACGUGCACAGCAUGGAAGAGCACUUUCUCCAGGUGGCCAGGGAAGUGGACUUUGUGGCAGGGCUGCGCUCUGGUGACCCAGUGUGGACACUGAGGGAACUGCAGGAGGUCCAGGCCUCCAGCCUUUGGCCCCAGGAAGAGACUCUGAGGGCCCUCGCCACACUCCUGGUGGCAGAUGACCCCCAGCUCAGACAGUCUGUAGCCACCUUCCUCACUUCAGCUGCCACCCAUUCUUCCUUCAGAGCAAAGGCGGUGGAUUGCUACAUUCAGGCCCUGUCGGAAGCAGGGGUUCAGACUCAGAGAGAAGCCUGUGUCGCUCUUGGCUGCUUACAGGCCAGUGAGGGCAUUGAGGCGGUGGUGUCCCUGUGCAACUCAGCCGAUGAAGAACUCCGUCAAGUUGCCAUAGAAACCUUGCUUACCUUCGGUGAAGAAGGGCAACUGGCCUAUGAACAGCUGGACACAGUUCCCAGGGAAAUGGUACAUCUGGGCUCACGACGAGGGAACGCCAUCACCACUGCCCUUUGAGGGGCCCAUCACUGCUGGCACACUUUGGAGGGCCCAUCAGGGGAGGCUCCAGCCUAGCGUAGCUGCA